AUGCCUCGAGCGGUUUACAACCCUGAGGCAGAACACAACUAUGACUUGGUUUACCGCCUUGCAGAAGCAGCGGAAAACUCAAAGUUCAUACUAGAAAUAGCUUUAGCGCCAUUGGAGAAGGCUAAUUUACCAUCCAACAUAGGGAAGUUUAAUGGGUUAACAGACCCUGACGAUCACCUAAGGGUAUUCACCAGCGCAGGUCUGGUUGGGGGUUGGACUCUCCCGUUAUGGUGUCAUCUGUUUGUGCAAACCCUGACCGGUCCAGCGCGAUUUUGGUUCGAUAACCUACCAACCGGACAGAUCGAAUCAUGGAAUGAUCUGCGAGAAAAGUUUUUGACACACUUCAGCCAGCAGCGGCGCUCCAUCCGUGAUACAUCCGAUGUCAUGAACAUCUGGCGCCGAGAUGACGAAAAUCUGGAGGAUUUCAUCACCAGAUACAAUAAAGAAGUAUUGGAAAUUGGCGGUGUUCAUGAACAAUUGAUCCGUGCUCAAUUCAAGUACGCGGUUCGAUGCGACGACAUGGUUAAAGUCUUAUCUGGAACAGAAGGCCUUCCAACAAGUUGGGAGAAGAUAAUGGCAGCGGCCAAAGUUUAUGCGCAAACUAAGAAAAACCACACAACAAACAGGCCACCACCACCGCAUCAUAGGCCCGCGGAUUUAAGAUUAACCGGCGAAAAAAGGUUUGAAAAAUCAUGGCGUGAGUCUGGAACAGGAAGUCGUUCGUCCGAAGACGCCCGCACAACAAUCAACAAACUCUCCGCACAGCGGGAGAGCAAACAGGAAAAUAGGGAGAGACAGUGGACUCCCCUAACAAAAACCCCGGCGGAGGUCUUAAGUACUGAAGACUAUCAAUUCAAACCUCCGGUCCCGAUGAAAAAUAAUCGUGGACAAGACCCGGCAAAAUACUGCGAAUAUCACAAAGACAACGGGCACACCACUAACAACUGCAUCUCUCUGCGCACAGAAAUAGAGAAAGCCCUCAAGAGCGGCGAACUAACGCAUUUACUCCAAAAUGUACGAAAAGAGAUUAAGCAGAUAACCCGGGGGGAGGAGGGCCCAAGUAAACGGGCAAAAACCUAA